UGACGUCACGUCCCUCACCGGAAGUCUUUAUGCAGAGUCGCGGGUGUUGUUGACACCGGGAAGGGCGACCAUGGCUACCGACGUGCGGCAAGAGCUCGCACAGCUCAUGAACUCGAGUGGCUCCCACAAAGACCUGGCGGCCAAGUAUCGACAAAUCCUGGAAAAGGCGGUCCAGUUCACAGAUGCGGACCAACUGGAGUCCUUGAAGGCCUUUGUGGAAGCGAUGGUGAAUGAAAACGUGAGCCUGGUCAUCUCCAGACAGCUGCUCACCGACUUCUGCACACAUCUCCCCAACUUGCCGGACGCCACAGCCAAGGCGGUCUACCACUUCACCUUGGAGAAGAUCCAGCCCAGGGUCAUAUCCUUCGAGGAACAAGUGGCGUCCAUCAGACAGCACUUAGCCACCAUUUACGAAAAGGAGGGCGACUGGAGGAACGCGGCCCAGGUUUUGGUGGGGAUCCCCCUGGAGACGGGACAGAAGCAGUACAACGUGGACUACAAGUUGGACACCUACCUGAAGAUCGCCCGCCUCUACCUGGAGGACGACGACCCCGUGCAGGCCGAGGCCUACAUCAACAGAGCCUCGCUGCUCCAGAACGAGUCCUCUAACGAGCAGCUGCAGAUCCACUACAAGGUUUGCUACGCCAGAGUCCUGGACUUCCGCAGGAAGUUCAUCGAGGCGGCGCAGCGGUACAACGAGCUGUCCUACAAGUCCAUCGUCCACGAGAGCGAGCGCCUGGAGGCCCUCAAGCACGCGCUCAACUGCACCAUCUUGGCGUCGGCAGGCCAGCAGCGUUCCCGCAUGCUGGCCACGCUCUUCAAGGACGAGCGCUGCCAGCAGCUGGCGGCCUACGGCAUCCUGGAGAAGAUGUACCUGGACCGCAUCAUCAGGGGCAACCAGCUGCAGGAGUUUGCCGCCAUGCUCAUGCCGCACCAGAAGGCCACCACGGCGGACGGCUCCAGCAUCCUGGACCGCGCCGUCAUCGAACACAACCUGCUGUCGGCCAGCAAGCUCUACAACAACAUCACCUUCGAGGAGCUGGGGGCGCUGCUGGAGAUCCCGCCAGCUAAGGCGGAGAAGAUCGCCUCGCAGAUGAUCACCGAGGGGCGCAUGAACGGCUUCAUCGACCAGAUCGACGGCAUCGUGCACUUUGAAACCCGUGAGCCGCUGCCCACCUGGGACAAGCAGAUCCAGUCUCUGUGUUUCCAAGUCAACAACCUCCUGGAGAAGAUCAGACAGGCGGCUCCUGAGUGGGCGGCCCAGGCCUUGGAGUCCCAGAUGACUCAGUGACAUCACUUCCUGCUCAGAGGACUCAUUGAAACCUGGUCAUGUGACCUCCUCAGCUUCAUCUGGCUGGUCAUGUGACCUCACCUUCAUCUGGCUGGUCAUGUGACCUCCUCACCUUUACCUGGCUGGUCAUGUGACCUCACCUUUACCUGGCUGGUCAUGUGACCUCACCUUUACCUGGCUGGUCAUGUGACCUCACCUUCAUCUGCCUGGUAAUGUGAUCUCACCUUUAUCUGGCUGGUCAUGUGACCUCCUCACCUUUAUUUACCACCUGUGUCAUAAGUGCCACCAAACCCGCACUUCGGAUUAAAAGUAGGAAGUAGUCGCUGGACAUUCACUCCUUUAUAAGUCUUUGUUUUUGGUUUCUGCGGUUAGAAGGAACCAUUGGCAGCUCAUUGUCCAGCACAGCUCUUUUUUCACCCAACUUUAUUUGUAUUUGAAUUGUUAUUUUAAUUUUUUAGCAGCAACGAGAUCUGGUAAAAACCAGUACUGAGUAUUCAAACAUGCAAAAAGACCAAGAGCAGACGUUUAAAUAAAGGUCGGGGAUCAUGUCAGUCCAGCACUGCUCUUCA